AUGAAAUUAGCAGUGCUCUGUCUCGCCUUUGCAUUGUUCCUGGCUGCCGCCACGGCCAAUACGGAUUACAUCGUCGAUGACGAACAACUAACAGAAUUCAUUCCCUUGGACUAUGCUGAGGAGAGUAUCGACCCGGAUAUCUUGGGUGUAUUUGGUCCUUUAUACUUUACCAUCAAAGCCAGCUUACGUACCUUGAAAGGUGUAAAUUGCACCAUCAAAAGGGUAAUGAGCAUUCGCAGUGCUGGAGUGGAUUUCCUGGAAGCCGUCGAAGAUUGCAAUACCGGCGUUUUAAAGGAUUUCAAUGCGCUUAUUAACCAAGUUCAAGCUGUUGUGAAUACCUGCAACGAUAUCAUCAAUUUGAACAGCAAUGUGUGCAAUAACGGCACACUGGACGAUGAGAUGGAUGCCAACAAGAAAACUCCAGCCCGUUGUGCUUCAAAAUUGUUGAACAAAAUGAUUACGCUAAAGAAACAGAUCUCAAAAACUAUUAAGUUGUCGAAGAAAUUGCCAUCCACACCAGGCACCUAUGCUGGAUGCGCGAGCAGUGCUGUGGGUGAUAUGAUUUCGGUGUUCACUGAAUUUCCCACUUUCGUGAAGAACUGCUCCAAAUUGAAGAAUUAA